ACCACAAGAAUGUCUCACAUUCCAUUUAUAUUCACAAAGCUGAGAGGCGUAUAACUAGUCUUGUGCCACAGAAAACUACUAGUUUAGUUAACCUAUUUUUAUAUAUACAAUUUAAUAUUAAAAAUAAUAAAAAUGUCGGAAGAAGUUAAAACUUACACUCGUAAACAAAUCGCCGAACAUAAUACAAACAAGGAUACCUGGAUAGUUAUACAUAAUAACGUAUACGAUGUGACUUCUUUCCUUAACGAACAUCCUGGCGGCGAGGAAGUUUUAAUUGAACAAGGUGGUAAAGAUGCUACGGAAAAUUUCGAAGAUGUUGGUCACAGUUCAGAUGCACGAGAAAUGAUGAAAAAAUAUAAAAUUGGAGAGUUAGUUGCUACCGAACGUACGAAUGUUCCAGAAAAAUCUGAGCCAACAUGGAACAAUGACACAAAAAAUGAAGAUGCUUCCAUGAAAUCUUGGUUGGUGCCUCUGAUACUUGGUGUUGCUGCUACUCUGCUUUACAAAUACUUCUUUAAUAGUAAACAACAAUAAUUUUUUUUAUUUGAGCAUUUAACACAGUUUUAUAUUUUUAAAUUAAUUUUUAAGAGCCCAUUCCUCUUUUUAUAUGAACUUUUAUUUUGCAUUUAUCGAUGGUGCAAACAGAAAAUCCUUUAAUAUAAAACUCAAUGUGAAUGCAUAUUGAAAAUAUGUUUAAUAUAUAUAAAAAAAUUUUCAUUAAUAAUUGAAUUUAAUUUGGAAAAUAUAUGUAAAUACUUCAAAGGAGGCGGGAAAGUUACUGGUUUUUAUUGUUUUUUUAAAUUCAAUAAAAUAAAUUGUUUUAACUUUGUAAUCACAAA